CGUUUGGAAGAACUCUCAAAACUGUGAAAGAAGAAACGAAUAAAAAAGAGCGAGAAGCUUACCAUUUUGGCUGAGAUCACGAUGCAUUAGAUCAUAGCGAGCUAAAAAGCCACUGUUCAUCCCCCUGCCUCUCUCAUUCCUGGGCUCCUCUUUCUGGAUCUCUAUCCGAUUCGAUUGCGAGCGAUGGAGGACACGUCUGACUUCAAGCAAGCACACAGCAGCAGGAGCGCGAAAAUUCCGUCCACAGGUGUACUUAAGCUAGUACCUCACUCGCCUUCAUAAUUCACAAGCAAACAGGUAAAAACGGAACUUUUUGUGGUUGCGUGCGUACCUCGAGUGCCGGAUCUCGCUGCGACACGCUCUUGCGUCCCAGAACAGAGCUCCAAGGACAUAGAUCCCAGAUCUCCAGAUUUUCAAGUCCAUAUCUCCGACUGGUAUAAGAGCGGCAGCUUGCUCUCGGUGUUGGCGCUAAGUUGUAGUCUCUCUCUUCUCCAAAACAUCAUGAUAGUUCUUCCGCGGCGCAGGCUCAAGAAGAGUGUCAGCUUCUCGUCUCCUCUCGACUAUGCUGCUGCCGCUGCCGCUGCCUCGGACACUCACAGCGUUUCCAGCGCCUUGAACUUGCUCCACAUCAACUUGCAGAAGGGAUGCUCCUCGGCGGUGUAUCCCUCCUCGGACGCGGAGCGUAGCAGCAGCGACAGGAUCCCAUCUCCAUCCCCAUCUCCCUCUCCGUCAAUCGGCUCCCCUUGCGGAAGCCCGAUCACCAAGCCGCACAAGUCCAACGACACCGCGUGGGAUUAUGUCCAGGCUCUGAAGUCCCCGGACGGCAACCUCGACAUAAGCCACUUCAAGCUGAUGCAGCGAGUCGGGGGCGGAGACAUCGGCAUCGUUUUCCUGGCGGAGCUCGUCAACAGCAGCAGCAGCUACCGCUUCGCCGUGAAGAUCAUGGACAAGGAGCACCUGGUGAAGCGGAACAAGCUGUCCAGGAUCGCCACCGAGAGGCGGAUCCUGGAAAUGCUGGACCAUCCUUUCCUCCCGACUCUCUACGGCUCGUUCGAGACCUCCGAGCACGCCUGCUUCGUCAUGGAUUUUUGUCCCGGUGGAGACCUCCACAAGCUCAGGCAGCGGCAGCCGAACAAGCGUUUCGACGAGGAGACUGUCAGGUUCUACGCGGCAGAGGUGCUCCUGGCGCUCGAGUACUUGCACAUGAUGGGAGUUGUGUACCGAGAUCUCAAGCCCGAAAACGUGCUGGUAAGAGAUGACGGCCACAUCAUGCUCACAGACUUCGACUUGUCUCUCGAAUUCGAUGCCGCUCCAAGCAUGCUCAAGCCUCAUCGCCUUUACGGCUUGAGAUCCCCGAGCAUGUCACCGUUUCUAUCCUGUGCUAAUCCUUCUCCGAAUCGAGCGACACCUUCCUGCGUCCCUGCCUCUCUCGCAUCACCAAAGUUCCUGAAAAGACACGGAUCACUUCCAGCUCCAAGAAAACAACCAGAAAGCAGCAACUUGAAGAGAAGUACCUCAUCACUGCCGCAGCUCAACGUCGAGCCAGCCCACCUCCGCUCCAUGUCUUUCGUUGGAACUCACGAGUACUUGGCACCGGAGAUCAUCGCUGGCGGUGGUCACGGCAGCGCUGUAGACUGGUGGACCUUGGGAAUCUUCAUCUACGAGCUUCUCUACGGCCACACCCCCUUCAAAGGCACCAACAACGAUGCGACGCUCAUGAACGCUUUCUCCAAAAGCUUGCUGUUCCCAUCGGACGUGGAAGUCAGCCUCUUUGCAAAGGAUCUUAUCAAGAGCCUGCUCGCCAAGGACCCCAAAAGGAGGCUUGGUUUCGCGAGAGGAGCUGCGGAUAUCAAAACGCAUAACUUCUUCGAGGACAUCAACUGGCCUCUCAUCCGCUGGUCACAGCCUCCCCUCGUACCAAAGCCUUUCAUCAAGAGCACUACACUAAACCAAGCUCAAGAACAAAAUCCCCAAGACGCUGCUAAAGAUCCUAGCUUUGACUGCUUCUAACACCUUUGUGUGAAAUACGAAAAACUAGAAUCCGAGCUCAAAGAGAAAAAAAAGGGAUGGAAACCGACCGGAAAAAGUGUUGAAUGCUCUCUCACGCACUGACAUAAGAAAAACUUAGAUCGAGCUCGAAGGAAAAAAAAAAAA